AUGGCAGCAUCGCAGUGCUCAAUAUCGAGGAUGCCGUCGAGGUGCACAGCAGAGACGCAGACGAUGCGGGCCACGGUCGCGUUUGAGAUCGCCGGUUGCAGCCUUCUCAAGGGCAUCGGUAGAGGCAAAUUCCUCCGUUCUCCGGCAUUCUCCGUCGGCGGCUACGAAUGGUGCAUCCGCUACUACCCCGACGGAUACAAAAGCGAGGCAGGCGAAGGUUACGUCUCCCUCUUUCUCGAGUUCUUGACCAAGAACGCUGAGGUGAGAGCCACUUUUAACUUCAUGAUUGUGGAGCCGGUUGAGGGGAAGUCGAUUGUUGUGUGCUCCUUCACAGAGCCACUAGUGUUCGACCCUAAAAGGCUAUCUUUGGGCAUAACAAAGUUCAUGAAGACCACCACUGAAGUAGAGUGGAUGUACCUGAGAAACGAUUGUCUCGUGAUCGAGUGUGAAGUCAGUGUUAUCAAGGAACCACUCGAGGCCCAUGUUCCGCCGUCCCAUUUUUUGGAUAAUCUUGCAAAAUUACUAGAUGGGAAGAAAGGAGCAGACGUGACUUUCAAGGUGCAGGGGGAGGUUUUUUCUGCUCAUAAGGUUUUGCUUGCGACGCAAUCAGCGGUCUUCGACGCCGAGUUCUACGGGCCGAUGGGGGACAAAGGGGCGCAGGACAUAACUAUUGAUGACAUGCAGCCUGCUGUUUUCAAGUCAUUUCUUCACUUCAUCUACACGGAUUCAAUGCCUUCCAUGGACGAUCUCGAGGAUGAUGACAAAAGAGAAAUGGUUAAGCACUUACUUGUGGCUGCAGAUAAGUAUGCCAUGGAAAGGAUGAAGCUGAUAUGUGAAGGCAUGCUAUGCAAGAGUCUUGAUGUUGAGAAUGUGGCAACCAUCUUAGCUCUAGCUGACCAGCACAAUUGCAGCAAUCUCAAAGAUGCUUGCAUCGAAUUUAUGUUCUCUUCGAAUAGAAUGAAUGAUGUGAUUGCAAGCCAAGGGUAUGUACAACUCAAAAGAUCUUCGCCUGAUAUCAUUGUGGAUGUGUUGGAGAGAGCAGCCAUGUCCCCCAAAAUUUAG